AUGAUUGCCGUUCUCCUCCUCUUCCAGGAAGUGAAAAAAGGCGUCAAAUAAGGAGGAACAAGGGGAAACACGUCCUCCUCACAUCUGUCCCCUUCCCUCAUUAAUGCGUUAAUCACAUUAAUGUUUUAGAUUGUCGCGUAACGCAGCUGUAUGAUGUCCACUAGAGUGCGAAACAGAGAGAUCUGCGCGGACUGCAGCGCGCCCGAUCCUCGUUGGGCCUCGAUCAAUCGCGGAGUUCUGAUCUGCGACGAAUGCUGCAGUAUUCAUAGAGGUCUGGGCCGUCACAGUUCUCAGGUCCGGCACCUGACCCAAACUCCGUGGCCCUCCUCACAGCUCCAGAUGGUAAAGUCCCUGUAUAAUAAUGGAGCAAAUUCAAUCUGGGAACACAGUCUUCUGGAUCCAUCCUCCAUCAUGAGUGGAAAACGCAAAGCCAAUCCUCAAGACAGAGUCCACCCCAACAAAACAGAUUUCAUAAAGGCUAAAUAUCAAAUGCUGGCGUUUGUUCAUCGAAUGCCAUGUCGUGAAGAUGAUAGUGUUACCGCCAAAGACCUCAGCAAGCAACUUCACUCUAGUGUUCGAACCGGGAAUUUGGAAACGUGUCUGAGGUUGUUGUCGUUGGGAGCACAGGCUAACUUUUUCCAUCCAGAGAAAGGAAAUACUCCAUUACAUGUGGCUGCUAAAGCGGGCCAGCUGCUACAGGCGGAGCUGCUCACUGUGUAUGGAGCAGAUCCCGGAGCACCAGACAGUUCUGGCAAGACUCCUAUUGACUAUGCCAGGCAGGCAGGACACCAGGAACUUGCAGACAGACUGGUGGAGAUCCAGUUUGAACUGACAGACAGACUAGCAUUCUAUCUGUGUGGAAGAAAGCCAGAUCAUAAAAACGGUCAACACUUUAUAAUUCCUCAGAUAGCAGACAGCAGUCUUGACUUGUCAGAAUUGGCCAAAGCAGCAAAGAAGAAGCUUCAAUCACUCAGUAAUCAUCAGUUUGAAGAACUAGCCAUGGAUGUUUAUGAUGAAGUUGACAGAAGAGAAACAGAUGCAGUUUGGCUUGCGACCCAGAACCAUAGUACCUUGGUCACUGACACCACAGUGGUUCCUUUCCUCCCUGUCAACCCUGAAUAUUCUUCCACUAGGAAUCAGGGACGUCAGAAGCUUGCAAGGUUUAAUGCACAUGAGUUUGCAACGCUGGUUGUUGAUAUUUUAACUGACGCUAAGCGUCGUCAGCAAGGAAAUGCUCCUGAUAAUUUCAAAGAUAAUGUGGAGUUAAUUCUGAAGGACAUUGGUAACCGUCGUGGCAGUGAAAGUCCAGAGAUGGACCAGCCUGAUUAUGACAGUGUGGCAUCCGAUGAGGAUACUGAGCAAGAACCAACAUCUGGAAAAGAUGAGCGGACCAAGAGCUCAGAGUCUUCAGACUUGUCGGACAGCCCCAUCACCGUACAAGAGUUCAUGGAAGUGAAAAGUGCCCUCACUGCCUCAGAAGCAAAGAUCCAGCAGCUCCUCAAGGUCAACUGCCAUCUUAGUGAGGAGUUAAGACUCAUGCAGAGCAAGUUGAACUCUCUCCAGAAUGAGAACAGCACUCUGAAAUGGCAGACUCCUAAUAGCUUGGCAAGGCCGCAGGACCUCCCACACAGAGCACCUCCACGCGGCUGUAGAGCCAUGUCAAUGUAUGAGACCGGUUCGGGUCUGAGGCAGUACCACCCUAGAGGAGAAACCGUCUGCCCUGACACAACCCUGACUCUUCAGCCACUGCCAUCAAAUAUUGGGAAGGGUCCCUCGGUGACUGCCUUCUCCUCCCUUCCCACGUUCCCCUCAACUCUGUCCUGGUCCUGGGAUGAGAUAACCCAAAGGGGAUCCACAUUAGACACCCAGAGCGGCAUGCCAGAAAGUGGUUAUGAUAAUGCACUGAACCAUGUCGAGAUGGACGAAUCUGGCUCAAUCCACUCCAGGGCGAGCGGAUGGCCGGGCGACGGUACAGUGCCACAAUCUGAAAACCCGUCUGAGGGUGAGUGCAAUUCGUCUCUACCGUGCACAGAGGACGUCAUCAGCAAAACAGAGCUGAUCACUAAGAACAUCCAGGAAUUACUCAGAGCUGCGCAAGAGAAUAAACAUGAGAGCUUCGUCCCAUGUUCAGAAAGAAUUCUUGUAGCAGUGACAGAAAUGGCUACGUUAUUCCCUAAGAGGCCAUCCUCUGAGACCGUUCGCGGGUCCUUGCGCCUCUUGACCUCCAGUGCCAGCCGCCUGCAGGGCGAAUGUCAAAAGGCCACACCGCACGACUCCCAGCAGGUUAUUCAGUGCGCCUACGACAUUGCCAAGGCGGCUAAACAACUAGUUACUGUGACUACCAAAGACAGUAACUGAGUUAGAGUACAAGUGAGCGCCUUUCCUGUUCAGUACAUUUCACCAUGUAUUUUUAUUUGCUAUUAUAUUGUCCAGUAUUAUUGAUGAUCAACACAGCACAUUUUGGUUUGUAUUACUGCAAAUAAUGAAUUGUUUUUGAAGUUUAUGCAUACAUACACUAACAUAUCUUUUGGGGCACUAAGCCUUGAUAAUCAACGCCCUGUCCUAGCUUUAUGGUUAAUGUAAACUAAUAUUUGUUUUGCUUUCUAUGGUGCUAAUUAACUGAUUUGUUAUGUCUAUUGCUCCUGUUUGUGGUUAAACAGAACAAGGCCUUUUGUUCAUCUAAUACCUGCACAUUUCAAAUAUACCACAUACAAAGUUUAAGUGAGACAAAACCGGAAAUCAUAAACGGCUGUUAUUGCUGAAAUUCAGCUGGUGUAUUAAGUGUUUCUUUGUCUUGAAAACCAGCGCACUCAAAAUGUGACCGUGAUGUAGAUGUCAGGACACACAAUGCCUCAUUUCUUGUGCAAUAAAUAACUUAAGCCUCGCUGCAAAAUCCUACCUUACCUGUCCUGAUGUUGCCAUUGUGUUAAGUAUUCAGAGUGUAUAGUCUUAUUAUCGAGUGCUUUAGUAUAUAAGCUGUUAUACCUCACUUGUGUGUUUGUGUGUGUGUGUGUGCGCGCGCAUGUGUGCGUGCUUGGGUGUCUGUUAUACACCUAAAUAUAUAGUCCCUCACAAAUGCAGACACAUCGCUCAUGAUUUUAAAAAUAGUGUUUUUUUUCUCCCUCACUCAUUUGUACCUCUUCACUAUCCAGUCUGUUGUAGUUUCUAUGCUUUUUGCAGUUUAAUCCUUGGCAUAUGUGUGGUUUUCAUUCAUCCAGGUCCUCAGAGAAUGUCAGAGUUUAUUCACAGACAACUGCGAAAUGAAAUCCCGUUACUUUUAAUUCACUCCACCUGAUGUUUUAGGGAUGCUCUUGUGUUAAUUUGUAUGUCCAAAUGAUGUGUUCAUCUGUUGCCUUGUCUGAAAUAAUACAAAUAACACAAACAAUUGCCUAACGGCCACCAGCUGCUGUGUUAGUGAUUCCGGUAUUAUGUGGUAAUCGCUUUGUAUUAUUCAGUACAUGUAUUAUAUUUAUAUACAAGUUAUAUAUGUAAGCUGCUAGUUGUCUGUCAUGUAUGCAACUAAUCUGGUGCGAGUUUGUCCUAUUUCCUGUUCUAAUAUCUGCCGGAUGUGUACACAUGCACUUACCCGCUCAGUUCGGAAGGUCACGUUGGCCUUCAUAUGGGAUAUGCAUCAUGCAGUUGAUGCUGCUUCAAUGAAAGUCUUGUUACUAAAUAUAAUAAAUUUUAACUGUACUCAA